CCGGAGUUCGCAAAACACAUUUCUUCAUCUUCAUUAUUCUUUGGAAGAAUUAGGCAAAUUUUGCAAAGAUGAUCUCAAAGAGUUUACUAGCAUUCGCUCUUGUCCUGUGGGCUUCAGUUACUUUCGCCGAAGAAGAUUCCAGUGCCCGUCUCCUGGUAUCUAAACAAAUCCUCAACAAAUACUUGGUUGAGCAUAGGGAUAUUGUGGUAAAAUAUACGUUGUACAACGUGGGAAAUGGGGCUGCUGUGAAUGUUCAGCUUACAGAUCUGGGAUUCCAUCCGGAUGCUUUUGAUAUUGCCGGAGGACAAUUGAGGGCUCAUUUUGAUCGCAUUGCUCCUCAAACAAAUGUUACGCACAUUGUGGUAGUACGUCCUAAAUCCUUCGGAUACUACAACUUUACCGCUGCUGAAGUUACCUACAAACUCAAUGAGGAUUCUAAUGUGAUUCAGGAAUCAAUAACUUCUGAGCCCGGUGAGGGAGGAAUUGUUGCUUUAGCGGAAUUCAACAAAAGAUUCUCCUCACAUUUCUUCGAUUGGGCUGCUUUUAUCGUAAUGAUUUUGCCUUCCCUGGUGAUUCCCUUCGGACUGUGGCAUUCAUCGAAGUCAAAGUACGAGAAACUCGCAAAGCCCAGCAAAAAGGCUGCUUGAAGAGACUGAUUGAAAAUUUCACUAAUUCCAUCUGUGAAAAGACAUGUAAUAGUCUCUGCACAUUUGUGAGAAACUUAUGCCAAAAUUUAGCAUUUUGAAGUAAUUCACCUUUAAUUUAUUGGAGAUUCACCGGAGUUUUUUUUCAAAAUUCUAAAUUAUUGACUUAAAUUUUCUGACAGUGUGUAGUGGUCUUAAAAGAAAGAAACCUCAUGUGUUGCAGAAAACCUUUUGUAAAUAAAGGAGUAGCAGAAUCUGAUGGAUCUGCAAAAGAA